AUAACUUCAAAUUUCUGGAUAACGUGGUGGAUGGACAUAAAAUGAAUACGAUCAGGAUAUUAUUGCUAUUCCUGACAAUUCAAGACAUUGUAAAGCCAACACGACAGUGGAAGAUACCAUGCCCUAGUGUCUGUGUGUGUCAAAAUAAAGAGGCGGUAUGUAGUAAUCAUGAUAAUUUACACUACAUGCCCCCUCUUCCCCAAAACAUAAACAGCCUUGUAUAUAGCAACAAUGGAUUAAUAGGAUUCACAAGGAACGUAUUUCUGAACAUAUCGAAGCUGCGUCUAUCAAAACUUGUAUUAAUGCGCAAUGAUAAUGUUCAACGAAACAUUGACAAGCGAGCAUUUCUAAUGCUUCCUUAUCUGGAAAGUCUUCACCUUAAAGAAAACGCACUGCUUUAUGCUUUGAAUGGUGGUUUACGGACUUUAUUAUGGGGGCUGAAGGAUGGCGCAAUACAGGAAAUACGCCUCACACAAAUGAACAUAUACAGUUAUUACACGAAUAUGUUCCUAGAUUUAAGAACGACGACAUUGAAAAGGAUUGUCAUGGACAAUAAUAUUAUUCCGAAUUUUACCAACGUGUCGUUACCAAGGGGAUUGCAUUAUUUAUCUUUGCAAAACAAUGAAAUAAACGAAAUCUCUUUCAAUGAAAUACUGCCAAAACUUGAAACUAUACAGCUUAACCAAAACAGACUCGAACAUAUUCCUUCAUUUUGUAUGGACGAUUUCGGAAACAGUUCAUUUCUUCCAAAUCUAAAAGUUUUGGAUCUAAGCAACAAUCGCAUAAAGCUGAUAGGUAAAUUAGAUAUAGUCGGACCAUGCUAUUCGAAACUCAAGAACCUUCGACUUGGAGGGAAUAUUAUAAAAGGUAUUGGUGAUGACACUUUCAGUGAAUUGCCCUCUCUGCUUUCUUUGUCCAUCAACAACCUUGAUCCCCAUGUUUCCUUGGGAUAUCAUUCAUUAAACAGUUCAUCAUUAAUUCAUUUGGACAUUGGCAACAAAUUCAAUGCUUUCAGUGAAAGGCUUGAUGUUUUGUUUAGAUAUUGCCCUAAUUUGAAGAGUUUGAAUAUGACAGGGGUACAAUUAACAGCAUAUCAAGACGUUGCUGAGAAAAUAUUUCGUGUCUUCCGGUCGCUUAGAAAGAUAGAAAUUCUAAUUCUAAAAAGAACGUCUUUAACAACAUUCCCUAAAAAGCUAUUUCCCAUGAUGCCCAAGUUGACAAACUUGUCUUUGCAAGAUUGUCGCUUAAAAGAUUCCCAGUUAAACAACUUCGUAAAUGUAACAUUGAAUUUUUUGUUGCUGGAUAAUAAUUUAAUAUCUACCAUUACUAAGGCAAAUAUUCCUGAAAAAGUAAAACAUCUUGGAUUAAGUGGUAAUCCUUUCUAUUGUACAUGCGAUCUUGUAUGGUUUCGAGCAUGGUUACGACAAAAUUCCGGAAAAAUUUUGGGCUGGCCUUCAAACUAUUCCUGUAGUCUUCCAAAGGAAUGGGUAGAUAAAAGUCUGUCCGAUUUUGACUUAGAUUAUUCGUUUUGUCAUCCCAUUGACCCCUAUAUCGUAUUUGCCAUUUGUAUAUCCUCCGCUUUUUGUCUGUUUGUGAUUAUGUCUUUCAUAUUUUAUAAAAAGAGAUGGCAAAUCAAAUAUCAGCUUUACCGAUUAAGAGCAAAGAGAAGGGGAUACCAGGUUUUAGGAGAUCACGGAUUUGCGUACGAUGUUUUUGUUUCUUAUAAUUCAGCAGAUAGCGUAUGGGUCAUUUCAGAAAUGAUUCCAAGACUGGAAAAGAAAGAGAAACUGAAAUUAUGUUUACAUGAAAGAGAUUUCGAAGUUGGCAAGCAUAUUGUGGAUAAUAUUGUCGACGCCAUACAAAACAGUCGCAAAGUGUUGAUUAUUUUGUCCAACAGAUUUGCACAGAGCCAGUGGUGUCAGUUUGAAUCCACCAUGGCGCAACUCCGAUCGAUAAAGAAUGGAGAGGGUGCAGUGAUUGUAAUUAUUUUAGAGAACAUUCACGUGCAGAAUAUGAGCAAGCCUUUAAAUAUCCUGAUGAAAACCACAACUCUCAUAGAAUGGACAAACGACAAAAGGGCAAAGGAAAUGUUGUGGGAAAGCGUUGUGUCUACCAUUAAAUCUUAAACUGUAAUUAGUUGUUGCUAAUAUAGAUUAUAAAACAAACAAAGAAAUACUUGGUUUACAAGAUGAACAAUAUAUUGCAUGAAUCAUCUGUAGUUAUGAUAACAUAUUUGUACUCGUUUCGUGUUGGUAGAGAUGCUUGUAAAAUAAUUAUCGUCGUAUAUUUUGAUUUUUUAAAGUUAAGAACCUGUGCAAAACAGAUUUAGCAAAUAUAAAUAACACUUCUAAACCACAAAAAAAACAAUAUUUUUGAUAAUCCCCUCGUAACGGAGUUGUUUUGGGAUAGAAUAACGAUAGAUGUCAAAUCUUACCUUGAUUCUUAGACAUGCUCUUUGCGUGGGGAUGCCCCACUGUGCUCUUAUUUUAAUUGCAUUGCACUACAUUUAUUUGAUAUACUACAUCUAGCAAACCUUUUGAAUUUGUUUAUAUGCACCGCUUCU